UAUUUUACUUCAGAAUACUUCUUCUUCGAACGUACUACUAGAGCAUUUAUUAUUGCUUCAACAUCAAAACCUACAAGAACAAGAAAUCACACUAGUCAGAAAUAUCCUGAGACCGCAACGACCUACCCUCACGCGACAUACUGUACCCGCAAAGAAUCCCACCUUGGUUUACUUGAUGAUACCAGCUUUCUUGUGAAUAUCAUGUCAUCAUGACUUCUAUACCGACUCCAAUGGCGUCAAAGACUAGUGCUAUCGCGCAUACCCCCAACACCAAUCUGUAGAAAUUAAAUCAACAGUAGAAACAACUCCUUCCAGGAGUUCUAUUAGUACAACUACAAGUACAACAACAUCACGCAAGAACAAGAUCAAGAGGUAACCACGACUACCAAACGCCGAGCACGACGAACCUCACUAGGCCUAGCACUACAAACUUCUACAACUUGAACUUUUUAUUGUCGUCGGUAUAAAAAUAUAAAAAACUACAAAGCACAAAAAAUGGAGCCCACUGGUUCAAUCGUUGUUGACAACGGGCUUGCCACGCCGUCUUCGGCAACAAAAGCUUUUGAAAAUCCAGAUCAAACACUGGCUCGCCAUCUUCUCGAAUUAGAGAGGAACAAUCAUCCUCGUACAGAUGGUGGCCAUCAAAGACAAAGCAACAGCAAGUCAUCUCCCUUUAUGGCUGCACGUUUACCUAAUAGUAAUACAUGAUCUUUGGACGCAUCCUUGGAACGUAUGGAGGAGUGAGUAUCCACCUAAGGGAAUGAUACUUCUCUCCCAUAGUUGUACUUUGCAAGGAUGCACUUGAAAGAUGAAUUACGGAUAUUAGCUCUAAUCCCUCUCGGAUGGGAAUGGGGACUAUCGGAGGCGGCGCUUCUGCCUAUAUAGUUGGUGGACAUCAUCAUGGAGUGGACGUAGAUGGAAUAGAUGGUGCCGAUGUGGAGAGAAAUACAGUAAAUGCAAAUGGUGCAAAUGCAAAUGUUAAGGGUAGGUUAAAGGUGCUUUUCUUACCGCUUUUUAUGCCUCUCUCCCUCAGGAUGAGAAAGGCAAAAGAUGAAGUGAAGUAAGCGAGCACCAAGAACCUACCUCUAAAAAUGGCACCACCACAACGGGACUUCUACUUGACGGGGGUGCAGCACAACAUCAAGGAUCACAGACCUUUUCUUCUAAGAUGAAACAGGACAAUGAAAACUUAGAGACGAUCAAUAUUCAUUGGGGCAGGGAACCUGGUGGACUGCUAGCAAGGGCAUCAUCGAGCAGCUCAAUUAAGGCUACCGCUGAAGCAUGUCCUUAGUAUCGUCAUCCACCCUGGCGCUUUUUCUACUUGAAAAAAAGGCCGCCUGCAAGGAUGAUGUGCCUCUCAGGGAAAAUGCUAAUGCGGUAGCUCUAAUUCAAGCGAAAGCUUGAUAAGCCAUCCAAGCCUUUUGUGGAACAAUUUUAACAAGAAUGUGAGCAACCCGACAUCAUCGACAGAAUCUGCGGCGUCUUACAAUGCAUCGUUUUUAUGCCUUUGUGUGGGUCCUAGUGUUCUUGUUUUCCUCCUGAGGUUCUUGCCAAAUACCAGCACCAUUCAGACAAGAAGGUCAUUGUAUACCUAGAAGUUGUCCCCAGUACAACCAGAAAGAAGCUCAUUGCCUUGAAGAACUUCCCUAUUUUAUAACCACUAUUGGUCCCCAGAACUAAGUAGAAAGAAGUUCAUUGCCUUGAAGAACUUCCCCAUUUUAUAACCACUAUUGGUCCCCAGAACUAAGUAGAAAGAAGCUCAUUGCCUUGAAGAACUUCCCUAUUUUAUAACCACUAUUGGUCCCCAGAACUAAGUAGAAAGAAGCUCAUUGCCUUGAAGAACUUCCCUAUUUUAUAACCACUAUUGGUCCCCAGAACUAAGUAGAAAGAAGCUCAUUGCCUUGAAGAACUUCCCUAUUUUAUAACCACUAUUGGUCCCCAGAACUAAGUAGAAAGAAGCUCAUUGCCUUGAAGAACUUCCCUAUUUUCAUACACCCGACCCAGCGCCGCACAAGUCGACGCCGGUGGUGCGCCAGGAAGUAGCGGUGGACCUCCUUCCAGUGCUGGUGGAGGUGCAAGUUUCACCGUUUCUUCAAGUGGCAGUGUUGUUCUCAGCCGAAGUCGAGCAAGUAGUGAGGCUGGUGGCAGUACCACUCCUGUCGGUGGCGCUGGAGGAGAUAUAAUUUCUCUAGGAGGAGCUUCGCGACUGUUCUUGCCACAUGGAGGACUACCACAGAUACAAGAAGGUGGAGGUAUCAAUUUUGACGCGGCAUCGAGUAGGAGAGACAGCACGGCUGCGGGGUCGACAACUCCUGGAGGCGCUGCGGAGGGAGCUGCACCUGCUUCAGGAGCAUUAUUACCUUCAGGAGAUGCAGCCAAUGCCAAUCAACAUUUUUAUGCUGCAACUCCAUCUUCAACUUCUGGCGACACGAGAAACCUUAUUAACCUAGCAGGGACCACUGGAGGACCAUCUACAGGAAUAAUAUCUGCGCGACCCCCUACUUCGCCCCCUUUGAAUGUAGAUGAACAACGCCAAAUAUUAAGCGAUCAGCAGCAACAACAGCUAUUCCUCGGACAACCUCCAGGUGGAAGCUUCUCAUCCCCUGAUUUCUUCACAGAACAAUUUCCUCCCAUAGGAAACACAAACACUACUAACAGCACACAAGCAGAACAACAAGCAGAACAACAGCAUCAAUAUCAAUCAGCGACAUCUUCUACCUCAAAUAAUGCUGGUGCUGCUGGGAUUAUACCUCCACAUCAACAACAAGGUCAACAUGCACCACAUCUUCAAGGAGUAGGAGACCCCCAUGUUUCCCACCACAUGAACUCUUCUCAGGUUCAGAAUACUUAUCAGCAUCUAUCCAGCAUGUAUCGUCAAGAAUUCCGAGACUUUGCCCGCGCAGAGUUGCGCAGGUCCCGGUCUGCACGUAGAGUCUCUCAAGACGGCAACCCUUGGGCAGACGAAGCAAUGAAUAGUCCAGAGACGGAUAGAAGGAGGUUCUCCAAAGAUGUGUCGAUACAUAUGGAGAGAGAUCAUUUUGGAGGAAUGGCAAUGGGGAUGCACAUGCAUCAUGAAGGUAGUAUGCCAGUUCAACAACAUCAAGGAGAGCAGUACUCUUAUGGCAACGCCCACAUAGGUCAACAACAGGGGCUGCACCAUCCACAAGUACAACACCCACACCCAAGAGAUCAAAGCUGCGACCACGGCUCAGCAUCUUUCCAGAAUCAUCACAUAGGAACGACAGGGAUUCCUCCUGCUCAGCACCAAAGCCACCAGCUGCAAAGGGAUAUCGCGUCUCCGAGGACUACGACAGCUGGCUUUCAUCCGCCAUUGGAUGCAAUAAGCGAAACCAAUGUCCAUGGCCAUCAGACUGCACAAGAGGGAAACGUUGGAGGGGUCGCACUCGCAGGAGGUGUGUCUUCACCGAUACAGUACCCUUUCCCGAGUAUGCCAACAGAUGACUCAUGGUUGCUGCCGGGAUCGGGAGAGACUCAUUCUGGUAUAAUAACUUAAAUAAACUUGUGAAUAAUAGCUUUAUUAAGCUAUACUACUCAUUCUGGUAAAAUACGUCACUUGUACUUGAAUAAUAGCUUAGUACUCAUUCUGGUAUCUAUAAAAAUAACUUAGUAGUACUACUUGAAUAAUAGCUUAGUACUCCUACUCAUUCUGGUGGUAUGAUCUAUAAUAACUCGACAUGACAAUUGAAGUACUUAAGUUACCAGACUAAAAACACAGCUGCGAAGAUCUACCUAGAAAAUAUAUUCAUCCUCCUGCUCCGUUUCUAUUAACUAUUAACUUUCCUCCUCCAUCUCUAACUAUUCUUUUUGCACUUCUUUGCACUUCCACCAGGUAGUACCCUUUCCUCAGGCGCAAACAUAUCGCAUCCUAGGAGUUUGAGCGGGACUAGUUGGUCCUCAUCCAUGCUAGAGACAAGACAUGCGAGGACAAUGAGUGAGAUGACGACAGGCUCGCAGGCAGAUUACAUGAACCCAGAUCAGACGAUUAUUAUCUGGGAUUGGGAUGGUAUAGAUCAUCCUAGGAAGACGAGUGCCCCCUCAUCUUUCAUCUGAUGACCACUCCUGCUCUCCUACUAGUUCUACUGUGUACAACUUAUGCUUCCGGUAUAAUUUGGUAUAAGUAGCCUGAAUUGGAUCAGACGAUUAUCAUCUGAGAUUGGGAUGGUAUAAAGUAUCACAUAUUUAUAUCAUAAAGUUAUUUAUAGAUGAGGAAGUUCCUAAACAAGACACCUUCUCCUGUCAAGAACAAUAUAAUCUUAGAACUCGUCUGGGAAAUCUUAGGCAGCUCGCCGAAUAGAUGCAAAUCAUCAAUGUUGAAAACAACAGACACUCUCCAUCCGUCGUACUGGGUGAAAUCGCUCGGACUUACAGUGCAUGACGAAGUGCCGAAACAGAUACAAGGACUUCUCGCGGAAUUGGCCGUCAUAUCCGAGAACGCCAUCAGAGCAUCACUGAAGCUAGGAAGAGUCGUGAUAAUCACGAACGCAGAGACAGGAUGGGCGCAACUUUCUUGUAAGCGAUGGUUACCAGGGCUGUGGCCGUUUUUGCAGGUACUUCUAGAAGCAGAAGUAGAUAAUCAUGUGAAGUUUGUUCAUUCUCUUUUAUUUCUUCUUACGCGACGAGGAGACAUUUGAUGCUGAUCAACGUCGAGAUUUCAAAUAUCAUCAAACGCACGAAUACCAUGAUCCCCGCCAUUUUUACCCCCGUCCCCGCCAAUACCAUGACUCCCGUCCCCACAAUCCCGACAGGACAUGACUGUGAUUUCUGCUCGUUCCACGUUCGAGCCGAAGGGAGUCGAAUCCCCGGCUGGUUGGAAAACACACGCCUUCAAAGAAGUGAUAGAGGCUUUUUACUCCCGCUAUCCGAACCAAAGAUGGAAGAACGUUCUAGCAAUGGGGGAUGGACGUGCAGAUCGGGAAGCGCUGCAUAGGGUCACAGAGGAAAAGCUCAGUGAGGGGUACUUAACUACAUAGUACAACUUUUUCAUUUUAUUACAGUUUACGAACACGAAGACAGGGACAUAGUGUACAACUUUCAUUUUACAGUUUACAACGACAGAUUGAUCAUCAUGUUUUUGUUUGAUGAUCCGCUUAAGCAUGGAAGAUACCAGAGCACCAGUAGUUUCGCUUUAUUCGCUUCAACUUGUUACGACUAUCGUGAGGAAUAUCAACAGAACUCAUAAUCUCAUGAUCUCGAUCCUCUCUCCAGAUGCCGUCAAAAGAACGUGAAGUUCCUGGUCCGACCGAGUCUCGACGUCCUCAAAAAGCAGCUGCUUCUCCUAACCGACGUUUUGGAGUCUAUCGUCAUCGCUGACGAUCAUAUUGACAUCCGGAUUUGUGAAGACCACUUGUUGGAGGCCGAGGCGGCACAGAUGAAGAAAGGAGAUGAUGAACAGCAAGGUGCCGGAGCACACGACCAGCAAGGUCAACAAGCAGGUGACCCUGGCGGAGGUCGUGGUCAUACUAUGAGCACAUCACAGCAUCAAGGUGGAGCACGUGAAAACGAAGAAGAAGAAAAAGGACCUGACGGUGUGAUGCCGACUGAGCUGCCGUCAGACUUGGAAAUGAAGGGACCGGAUGGAGUGAUGCCGGAUACGAUACCUGAUAUUUAUGAAGAUGCGCUGUAUUAGAUGAAAACUCCUAGGAUAUUUUAGGAUUGAACAAUCACUUCAUACUUAUGAAGAGCACAACUACGAGAUCUCUACAUCUCCUACUUCAAACUUUUCCAUGUUACUACCUUCCUAGAUCAAACUUUACCUCUACGCUUUACUUCUCUAGAAGAUCAAACUCUCCUCUCUUUCCACCCUUCCUCUGUUCCAACUUUCCUCUCUUUCCCGCUUUCAUACCACCGUUCCCUGGAACACCGAGGCGCAACCUUUCGUGAUGAACGUAGUAGAGGCUGGCAACAGCGCCGCAGCUCCUCAAGUAAUCCACCAGCAAUCGGGAGGAGCGGUGCCAGUGUCGAUGGAUGUUGAUCCUGCGGUGUGAUGAAGAUUUUUUUGAUAGGAUCUUAACAGCACCAUGAUCAGAGGUAGAAGAACUACUUGUAUUUUCAUCUCUUUUAUCGAGUGUUUGUUGCAGAAGAACGACGAAAGCGCGUGUUUUUGGUCGCAAGUAGAGAGAACUUCAGCAUUGUUGAUUUCGGAGAAAUAAUCAAGCAAGAGAAUAGGAACUGUUGUUUGAUCGUUGGCGACUUUGUCUAUGAAUACUACGAGAGAGCAGUGAGUACAUGUUUCAUCACGACGCCACGAGUAAUACGGCAAUUAGAUGUACUAGCCGAUAAAAAAAGUGCUUCUUCUAGCGAACAUCUAAUGAAAAAAUUGACCAAGUUUCGAUCUUCAUCUCAGCAUGGUAUACUCCAUACCUUGAAUGUUGUUCACCUAAAUACACACAUUUUCAUCAUGCUUUUGCUGGACGCGUUGUACCUUUCCUUUUUUCGUAUGGAGCCACAUGUUCAUACUGGAGUCGUUACACUGUUUACGCAACAGAAAAAUUCGUUGUACUCAUCGAUCUCCUGAUUGAAAGGUCGAUGCUCUUGAGGUUCUUUCAUGGAAGCAGGUCUCCUCUGCGAAGCAACA